AACAAUAUGUCUAUAAUUUUAUUUUUAUUUUUAUUUUUAUUUAACAGUAAUAGUUAGCGAUGUCUAUAAUUUUAUUUAACCCAAAGAUAAGAUUUUCUGGUAAUUUUUAUCUUUAAGGGGAAAAAAUUUUAGUCGAUCAUCCCAUUUUGACCAGAUUUUCGCCAAAAUUUUCCCAUUCCAUUUUUAAAAAUCACCACAUGCACAGUUGCCGUGGAUACGAAAAAAAUUGCCUUUUUGGUAAAAAAGUCUCCAGUUAAUCUUUAUAUUAUUAUAUACAUGUACAUGAACAUGAAAAAAACUCUCUCCCGUUCCUACUUUUUUGUAUUAUUACAAAGAUAUAACUUAGAAAAUUUAUUUUCGUUUUUUCUAAUAAUCCUAUUUCGUAAACUAUAACGGUAUGUCCACCCCAACUAGGACUACUCGUAGUGCUGCCCAGAAGGGUAUAGACAACCAGGAGCAGGGAGAAACUAUGGAAGGAGAACUCGACCCUUUCGUUGCUUAUAAUCCACAAAAUACACAGCAAAAAAAGAAAACCAAAACUGGCGAGACCCCGAAAAAUGUCGAUCCUAUUGUAACACAAUCAACCUCUGCAACACCAACUGCGAACAAAGGAAAAGCUAAUGAAGAUCAUUCAGAUGUACUACAAAAGAUCAACACACAAGAUCAAGAUGAUCAAUCGACGCAUGAUGACUCACAUUUUGAUGAUCCAUCUGCCGAUAAUCAAUUGCCUGAAAAAGAAAUGGCUGACACCAAAUUUUCACCAAUCGUCUUGUCUAAACAUAACACAUGGAAAGCUACUUGUACGAUUCCGGAGGCGCCUAAAAGUACACAAUUUUGUCAUUAUAUUGUUAAAAUUAUCAAAUCAAAAAUUGACAUCGUUACCACUUUUGAAGAAAAAAAACCGAUUAGAUUGACUGAUGAUACCAAUCAAGAACAAAAAUACUGUCACAUGAUUAGUAUUAAAGUUAGUACCGAAGUCGAUUUAAAUAGCUUAUGUAAUAUGACUUUUAAAAUGCUUAGUGCAACCGAUGGAGAAGAAAAUAAUGUCGUUUACUCUUUUAAGAAAGUAGAAAAUUUACAAGAAAAACGAAAACAACUUUUUCAAACUCGUGAAAGUCGUACUAUCAAGGUAUUCAAUAUACCAUUAUAUAUGGAAAAUUAUAAUUUGAAGGCUGUUUUUAGUCGUUAUGGAGAGUUAGAAGAAGAUGGCAUUACUACACGACUCAAAGGUAUAUACAGACAAGCUUUUAUAACCUACAAAGACGAACUUAGCUUACAACCCUUUUACGCUCAAUGGAGUGUAUGGGAGUUUAAAGAAUGUCUCUCAGUGGUACCUGUUUUGCUAUCUGAAGAAAAAAAAUCUGAAAAGUUCCAAUUUGCAGCUAAAAUUAAUGGUUUACCGUUCAAUACUUGUGCACGUGAUUUACAACCAUUGGUUACUGAAACCAGCGCUGCAUCUAUUUUUAUUCCACGCAACCCCGUGACAUAUAAACCUAUGAAAUAUGCUUUUGUAUAUUUUAGAAAUGAUGAAGAUUUUAGUAUUGCAACCAAUAAUGUAUAUGAAUAUGAAGGUCAACAACUAGAAUGGUUCCCGUUAGAUACCAAAUCUUGUCAUAGAUGCGGAUAUACGGGACACGUAGUGAAGGAAUGUCAAACGGAAUUACGACAACGUUCUAAUAAAUUAAAUCGUAAUCAACUGCUCCAACAAUUUAAAAAUCGUAAUAAAUCUAGAUUCAAUUCAUACGCCGAUGCCACUAAGGGAAAUAGAUAUCCUAAUAAUCGACAACGGCAUUGGAAUCAAAAUAAUAUUAUCAACCGACAACGUAAUAACAAUACAUACACCUUUAGUGAAGAAGAAAUGCAAGCUUGGGGUGACGAAGAAGAUAUAAGUGACAACAACUACAACCCAAUUCAAGGUGGAACUAAGAAAGGAGGCUCUAUGCAUGAUCCAAAUAACAACAAACAUACAUCUUCACAAAAUGAUUUAUCAGAGAUUAAAAAACAACUUACCACUUUAAAUGCAAUGAUUACCGAAUUUAGAAAAGAAAAUGAUAUAGUUAGAAAAGAAAUUAAUUCAAUUAAAGAAACCUUUAAAAAUAAUAAUAAUCGUAAAGGUCUCCAACAAAACCCGAACAAAUUGCCAAUAGUUAACGAUAAUAAUAAGCGUGCCAAACCUGACUCAUCUUCAAGUGAAAAUGAUGACAACAAUUUAGUGCUUAACUUAGAAUCAAGAGUAGAAAAACAAGAUAGUUUAUUAAAUAAUAUGUUCAAUAUGAUCACGAAACUUACUGGACAACUUUCCGAUAAAGAACAAAAUGAUUCUACUACAACCAAAAUUGCAAGUAUUGGGGGUACUAGCAAUUCAGCCAACCAGUUCGAAUCCACAUUUUAAAUCUUAAUGAUUGUACAACCCAAUAAUAACAAUUUAAUUAAUAAUUAUUUUAACAAUCCACCCCCACAUUUAAUUAAUUAUAAAAGAAAAAAGAAAAAGAAGAAAAAAACAAACUUAAUGGAAGAUAAUACAAUUCCAAAUCAAAUUAACGAUAAUAUAGAUAUGUUUAACGAGCACGAUAAUCAGAAAUAUUUUACAAAAAUAGCGGUGCUUAAUAUAUGUACCUUAACAGAAUAUAAAUUGAACAAUAUUUUUGACUAUAUAAGAAAAAAUGGUGUCGAUAUAAUGGGUAUUACAGAAACACAAAAAGCUGAUAAAGAAAUUAAUUUUUUCAACGCAGAUAAAGCUGGAUACAAAAUUAUUUCAC